AGUAAUCUCCCUUUACAAAACGGUGGCAAUUUUGAAGUUUUCACAGCUAUAGGGCCUAUCUAUUUGUUUUCACGGAGACCAUAUACAGGUGUAUGGUCUCUGGUUUUCAUAAACAUAGAGCUGUGGUAGAUGACAUCCAUCCUACAUCCGUAGGUUAUGGCAACACGAACCAUAACAAUAUGUGGCUCAUCAAAGUUUAUUAGCCCUACUUUUUGGCAAGAACUUUAGAAACUGUUCUAUGCUAGUGACUAAAAGACUAGUGUCUUGUGUUGAUUUGAGGCAUUCAAUCAUCCAUUACACGGCUGCAUAAUCACUAUUUAUAUGCUAGAGUGGAAAGAAGUACACGACGAACUAGUACAAGGAUUAUACUUAUGGAGAGUGAUGAAGCUGGUCCAACUAGAAGGGUUGCUCGUUCAAGGAAAAGAAGUGCCUCAUCUCUGCUUGACUCCAGUAAUAUUGUUAGCAGUGCCAAAAAGCAUCACGAAAAAACCCAGAAGCACACAAUGCAUUCACAGGCUCACGACUCAUUCUCUUUUGAAGAAGACUGGUUCAUUAACUCAUUCUGUAGUGAAAAUCAUUCAUCUUAUCCAGAGAAGAGUAAUUCACAUAUACCAGGGGAAAAAAUGGCAUUAGUUAGAAAGUUGGAGAAAUCUGACUCUCCGAGUGUUCAUACAACAUCAAACACAUCAGAUGCAGUUGAAUCUGUGAGAUGCGGAAUUGACAGUGUGGUAGUCAAGGCAACAAGCAAACCAAAUGGAAGUUCUGCAACUGAUGGAGGAACCUUCAAAGUCCAGCCCGCUGUGAGUGGUGGGACAGGAGAUGCUGUACAUGAAGGGACUAAACAUUUGUCUUUAAAGGAUAGACUCAAGCAGAAGAUGAAGCGCAACUCCAUGGCUCCGUCUGGAGUGAAUCACGCCGUGGAUCUGCUCCGGGAGACGGUAUUGGAGCAGGCUCAGAUGGAGGCUCUAGCGAUACAGAAGCAGGGCACAGAUGUGGACAUAGGGCCGUUCUAUGGCCUUCCCUCCAAGGUGCAAAAGCUGCUGGAGACUCACAGAGGAAUUAAGAAGUUCUAUGAUUGGCAGGAAGAAUGUCUCCAACUCCCAGCAGUGCUCCAGGGCAGGAAUCUGAUCUACUCCCUCCCCACCAGUGGAGGCAAGACUUUAGUUGCCGAGAUACUCAUCCUUCGUGAGCUGCUGUGUAAGAAGAAAGAUGCCAUCCUCAUCCUGCCUUAUGUCUCCAUCGUACAGGAAAAGGUACGGAACCUGUGUCAGUUUGCCCUGGAACUGGACUUCCUUGUUGAAGAGUACGCCGGAAGCAAGGGGAGGUUCCCUCCUGUCAAGCGGCGCCGCAAGCGGACCCUCUACAUAGCUACCUUGGAGAAGGCCCACUCCCUGGUGAACAGCAUGAUAGAAACUCACUACCUCGACUCUCUGGGCCUUGUGGUUGUGGAUGAGCUACACAUGAUAGGAGAGGGAGGAAGUAGAGGGGCCAUACUGGAGGCAGCGUUACUCAAGUUGCUGCACUGUGGGGGGACACAGAUUGUUGGCAUGAGUGCUACUCUGAACAACAUCAGAGACAUUCAGACAUUUCUGCAGGCAGAGGUGUACUCCAACAACUUUAGGCCGGUGAAACUGACGGAGUAUGUGAAAGUGGAGGACAGCGUGUUUAUGGUGGACAGUGGUCAAGUCGACCUGCGAGGGCAGGACAUCCUCAAGCAUGACCGAGUCAUCAUGUUCCCAUACAAUGCUGACUUGAAGAUUCAGGACCCCGACCAUCUCCUGGGGCUAGUGAUGGAGGUGAUUCCCAAUAACUCCUGCCUAGUCUUUUGCCCCACAAAGAAAAACUGUGAGAAUGUGGCUUUGAUGCUGUCUAAGCUGAUGAUCAAACAUCACAGACACCUGACCACGGUAAAACGCACAGAGAGGAAGCAACUGCUCCAGGAGCUGUACCGAGAUGGCAACGGUCAGAUCUGUCCCGUCCUGGAGUACACCAUCCACCUGGGUAUCGCCUACCACCACAGCGGCUUGACCAUGGACGAGCGGAGACUGGUGGAAGACGCCUACUCCGAGGGGACGCUGUGUCUCCUCACCUGUACCUCCACCCUCGCUGCCGGCGUCAACCUCCCCGCCAAGAGAGUGAUCCUGCGAAGUCCCUAUGUCGGCAGUGGCUUCAUCAAUCACAGCCAGUACAAACAGAUGACUGGGCGGGCGGGGCGGGCUGGCAUUGAUGAUUCAGGGGAGAGCAUGCUCAUCACAAAGAAGGCGGAUGCUCCCAAGGUGCGUGAACUGCUGACCACCACUCAGGAGCCCUGCCACAGCAGCCUGAUGUACGAUGAAGGGAAGGGCAUCCGGAGUCUGCUUCUCUCCUCCAUUGGACUCCAGAUUUUGAAAUCAACUGAUGAGAUCCUGAGAUUCAUGAAGCAGACGUUGUUGUCGGUGCAAGCAGUUGACCUGGGCUGUGAUGUGGAAGCUGUGACCAGGGCCUCUCUCAACCAGCUGCUGAAGCUGAAACUUGUCCAGCAGGCCAGGAAAACACCUGACUCGUCACAGAAUGGUUCUCAGAAAACAAAGAUGUCCAAUCAGAGUCAAGGCCUUAACAAGCCGAAAAUAUUCUCUCAAACUAGCCCAGGAUCGCAGCAGUCCAUAAACAGUUUGGCAGCAGGACCUGCCAAAUCUGAAACUGCAUCUAACAGUGGUGGUCAUGAUAGCCAUGUUGCCAUGGGAACAGUUACAAUGGAAGAUGGAGCUACUCUUCAUGCAGAUAUGUCCAACAGUCCAAAUAUCCAUCUGGAAGUCACAGCACUAGGCAGGGCAACGUUUAAAGGGUCUAUCGACACUGACAACAGCAGCCUGCUGUAUGAUGACCUGAAGAGGGCGGAGGAAUCCUUGGUUCUGGCCUCCUAUCUCCAUCUCCUGUACCUCGUCACUCCGUACGACAUGGCGCGGGACCUACACAUACCCUGGAUGGUCUACUUUGAACAGAUGAACACCUUGAAUGCGAUGGAGAUGCGUGUGGCCUCCCUCAUCGGUGUGUCAGAAAGCUACAUUGCCAAGAAAGCCUCGGGACAGAGUUGUAGACAGAAGGUGAAUGAGUUUGUCAUCAGUCGCUUCUACCUGACUCUCAUGUUGAAUGAGCUGUGGCAGCAGAAGACGGUGUGGCAGGUGGCCCAGCGCUUCCAGCUCAACCGUGGCUUUGUCCAGAACCUCCUCUCCUCCGCCGCCAGCUUCGCCUCCUGCGUCUUCCAUUUCUGCCAGGAGCUGGAUGAGUUCUGGGCCUUCCAGGACCUACUGGGCAACUUUGUGAAGCGUCUGUCCUACUGUGUGUCCAUGGAGCUGAUUGCGCUGCUAGAGAUUCCUGGAGUCAAACUGGGUCGAGCUCGCCAGCUAUACCACAGUGGACUACGAACACUGCAGGAUGUUGCUGCCGCCGAUCCAGAACAGCUGGUGAAGAACAUCGAGCACAUGCCGCGUAAAGCAGCCAGACAGAUUGUGGCUUCAGCCAAGGUGAUGCUAAAUGAGAAAGCAGAGACACUGUGGGUGGAGGUUGAAAGCCUCGUUGCUUUACCCAUGGUUCAAUUAGGGACUUUAUCAGUGACUAGUCAGUAAUUAGAGUGUGAUGUCUUGGUACAUGCCUGCAUUAUAUGUCCAGCAGUCUAUAUGUUGCUGGACAGAUGGACUGAACUAGCCUGUCCUUGCAAUCCACUGACCCUGAUGUGUUUAGUGGUUUAGCCUUAUUGUAAUCUGAGUGUAGCUUAAUACUGGAGGGACCCUGUGUAAGGGUGGUGUAAGGCACCAUAUUGUGCUGUGCAGAGUUAUGUCCCUUUGUCACUGCAGGAUCCAAUGGUCAUGGGCUCCCAUCCCAUAUAUGCCGCUGUUGUAAUCUUUGUUCAGCAAGCCAUACCCAUUCAAGUGGUGAAGGUCAAGGCCCUGCAUGACACUGGACUUUCCUCCCGCACUGCUGACACACUGUGACUGAAAUACUGUUAAAAGCAGUCAUCGUGACUUAUUUACUUACCAACAAUGAAUCUCUUGCUGAGGGAGGGCUUCAGGUAUUAUUGUAUUGCCAUAUAAAUUAAAAUUUAACUUGCUCCUGUUUGUGAAAAAUAUUUUCUGUUUACAAACAUUUUACGAAGGAACUGAAAGUCUCUACAUUGGUUGAUGUAUUAUAUAGUUAUUUAUUAACAAGUUAAAUUGAAAAUGAUUUCCUACAUGUUCACUUUAUAAUGCCGUGAGUAUUACAGUUUGGAGUUUCCGGGUGGGACUAUAGCUAGCUCCUCAGCAGAUUGUCCUAGUUGUGAGAGGCGGUUGGUCAAACUCGCUUAGUUGGUUGAUGGUGGGACAUUAAACCCUGAUGGCCUGGACCAUUGCUCAUACUAUCAAUCACUGGGUGUUUAUUUACAGGCUGUUGUAAACAGGAAAUACACACACGUUAUAGUUGACCGUAGGAUCCAUGGGUAUGGCUAUUGAAAUGUUACGUAAAUGUUCAGAAAGACAUUUGAUAUUUCAAUGAAUCAAAAUGUUUAUGUGUAUUUAAGGUAUACUGUAUCGGAGAUAUGUUACAUAAAUAACAUUUAUUUAUUUCUGUAAAGAAAUACAUUUUCAAAACAGAAUAUGUCUUGU